AUGUACAGUCAAUUCAGCCGCCAGGGUACGAAGCAACUCAUUCACCGACCUGCAGCAGGGGCCUGCGGUCCAUUCGAAAUUGACACAUUUGAAGACAAAAUGAUGAAAUUCCGUGACGCGUGUCUCGACAAACUGAGAGCAUACCAAGUAGACAUGGAACAAUACUAUGAUGCGGUUGAUGAUGAAGAAUGGAUAAAAGAAUGGAAUUGGGAUAAGGCUAAGCCAGACAAAGAAAGAUUCGAGCCGCCCCCUGAUCCAGAGAUGCUCAAGAUCGCAACCAAGGUUACUUACAAUAAGAACAAACCCUGCUUCCCACCUCCCCUCUCUCGCCUCAGCGACGAGCUCGUGUACCUUGCUACGAAAUUCAUCAAUGCCGGCGUCCGAUGGAAGCUGUAUCCUUAUGACUUUCUCAUGAGCGGCGACAUCAACCCAGACCGCAUACCAACAGGUCCUGCUCCUCUCGUCUGGGCAUAUGGUCUACCCUUUCUGCCCGUUUACAAGGGCUACUAUGUCCUCACAGGCCGCCAGCAUGCAGCCUGGGCCGGAUGGAAAAUCGACGAGAAGAUGUACAAGCAUAUGGCUCUGGUUCCUGUGUGGUCUAUUGGGCCAGUUGUUGCACCUGGUUCCUUGGUGGCGCAGACGAAGCAAUGCCGUGAAGAAGAACCAAAUGCGCCAGAGGUACUGGAUCGUACGGUGGAGCGUCAUGCAAGAUUUUUCUCUAUGCAAUCUGGAAGACAAUGUGAAAGGGGUGCUGAGUCAAUUCAGGCUAACAGGGACGUGGUUACAACUUGUCCUCAUUGGGGUGUGGUUGCGCCUAGAAGAGAGGAUGGGUUGGAAUUUGGGGUUAUGCGUCUAUGUGACAUUCCAGGCUUCUCGGUUCACAUUGGGCCGCACUCCAUGGAAGAGAGCCCUCCUCAAGUUCUAUCGAGAGAUCUGUUUCAGAGGACUAAUCUCGUGGCCUUUGAUUAUGACGCCUCAUUUAACCGUCCCUACCGUUGCGUUGAGGAGCCGGCUAUGUUUCCCCUAGAAGAGGAGACAUCUGAAUCUGAGUCGUCGUCUGAAGCUGGGCCAUCUAAGCGCGGGCCUAGUCCGGGCCCCGGAAAUAGACGUGGAAAAAGACGUCGAAUCCAGGAUAAUGAAAGUGAUGCCGAUGGUGAUACCGAUGAAAGUGAUGCUGAUGGUGAUACUGAUGAAAGUGAUGCCGAUGGUGAUGCCGAUGAAAGUGAUGCGGGCGUUAUCGAAUCAAUUGAGCAGACUACCUGCGGUGAGCCAGUUGACGGUACCAGUCACGAAAUGACCACCCCUGCACCUUCCAAUAUCACCUGCAGUCAGGACAAUGAAAAUCACAAGGUUGAAUGUGCAGAGCAUUCUCAGAACAAUCCCGCUCAGGAUGACGCUCAAAUUGAAGUCCAGAAUAAGGUGCAUGUCGAGAACCAGGUUGAAAUUCAGGAUGACACGCAGGUCGAGACUCAGGCCCAUGUUCAAGCUGAUACCCAGACCGAUGCGGUGGCUGCUACUCAGGUUGAGACCCAGAUUGAAGCCCAGGUUGAAACUCAAGCCGAAACUCAGGCUCACACUCAAGACACUCAGACCGAUACUCAGGCUGAUACCCACGUCGAGACCCAGUCCGAACCCCAGAAUGCUUAA